AUGGCCAACUCUCUCAACAACAUCUACAUACAAGCAAACGACGAUGAUGGUGCGACUUCGGACACGUUCCUCACAAUGCGAACGAUGCGAAUGCCCGGUUUCCAGAGCGCCGCCGAGUUCGAAUCGGUCUCGACGUAUCACUACGUCUCGGUGCGGAUGCUCGCUCGUGUUACUGGUAGCGCGGGUGCAUGCAUGGCUCUGUUCACAUACCUGGAAGACGGUGACGAGCUGGCGGAUGUGCAAGAAGCCGAUAUUGAGAUCCUAACGCGCGAUCCGAAGAACCGGAUCCAGUACACAAAUCAGCCCUCGUACACAGAUGAUGGUGAUGAGGUUCCCAAAGCAACUCGCAACGGUACAUUGCCCAAGGGCCUUGGGUGGGAUGACUGGGUUGUACACCGACUCGACUGGACGCCUGAGCGAUCUGUGUGGUAUGUGCAAGGGCAAGAAGUGGCCAGUAUCGAAUUCCAAACGCCCAAGGAUCCUGCACAGAUUAUUCUCAAUGCGUGGAGUGACGGUGGUUCGUGGAGCGGUAAUAUGAGUCUUGGUGAUUCAGCGUACAUGCAGAUUCAGUGGAUUGAUAUGGUGUACAAUGCUACCAAGGACAAUGAUAAGAGAAGUCUUGAUAACGGGAUUCUGAGGAGGAGUGUUGGAAGCCAAAGUUCUCUGAUUCAUCGAGAGGAUAGUGUCGAUGAAUGUAAAGUCGUCUGCAGUAUUGACAAAGUGGAUAAAGCCGGUGAGGCUAAGGUGCUGUGGAAGAGUGCAGCAUCUCAUAUGCUAGUUAUGGAACAUUGGGUCAAGGUAGUUGUCGGAUAUGUGAUCUUGAUGAUGGUUUGGUAA